AAUUGUUAAAUAUAGCAUCACAUUCAACUUCUGCUUUAGCUUGUAGGGUCAGUUACUUGAAUAAAUUGACUCGAACUAAGCGGAUAAAAGAUUUCACGAAAUAAUUAGUUGAGCGACUAUAACAGAGGACGUUGAAAUUGCAGAUUGUAUUAGAAAUUAUGGCUUCGCAAAUGAGUAUUUCCACCAUCAAUGCGCUUGACUUCAAAGAAUUUAUUCGAAGGUUUGGAAAUGUUGUAGAGGGCACCUCACUUUGCGCAGCAGCUUUGUUCUCCAAAAGACCGUUUGCAUCAUUCGACCAAUUCGUCACAGUGAUGUGGCAGCUUUUUGACGACCUUCCAGACCAUUGCAAAGAGGGCAUUCUGAGAAACCACCGUGACUUGGCCAGCCGCUGGGAAGCUUUAUCAGCUGAGUCCAAAAGAGAGCAGACACAGGCUGGAAUAAGUAUCAAAUCCCUUAGUACCAAAGAAAGUCAGGAGAUGGAAUAUUUGAACGAGAUGUAUAAGAAGAAGUUUGAGUUUCCUUUCGUAAUUUGCUCUCGUCUGAACAACAAGGAAGGUAUCUCGAAGCAGAUUCGCACGCGUUUGAACAAUGAUAAGGACGUAGAGCUUAAACAUGGGAUCGAGGAAGUGAAAAAGAUAGUGCUGCUCAGAAUGAAAGAUUUGGUGGCAUAUGGAAACUCUAAACUCUGAGGGCCGGUUAUUGAAACAAAGUUUAGCCGUUGUUUAAUUGGACUUUACUUGGAUCAGACUUAUGUAGCGUUUUUACUCGUUUAAUUAAUGCAUCAGUUUUGGGAGACAAAAUUCUUUGGCACUUCUCACAAUUUUAAGAGCAGUUUGG